GACGAUGAUGAGGAUGAGGACGAGGAUGAGGAGGAGGAUGAUGAGGAGGAGGAUGAGGAUGAAGAUAAUUAUUGGUAUGGAAGAAACUAUUUUAACUUCCAGAAUUGCUUCAAAUUGGAUAGAGAUGCACGAGAACUCAUCCUACGUUCAUGCUUCAAGAAGACUAUGGUUUUACCAGGUGGAGAAGUGCCUGCAUAUUUCAAGCAUCGAGCAUAUGGAAAUUCCGUAAAUAUCACUUUACCUCGGAGAUCUCUCUCUCACAAAUUUUUGCGAUUCAAUGCUUGUGUAGUGGUUGAACCUCAAACCGAUUCUUAUGGGAGUGUGUAUGUAUACUUCCAAUACAAAGGCGAACAUUAUAUCCAUACAAUAGCUACUGAUAUGACACUGAUGUGUAAGACGGAUCAUCUGGUUUUGUGUUCCUUCAAGUUCCGGCAGUUUAAAAAUACUCUAUAUCCAAAGGUAAAGGUCUUGGAUAAUGUGGAAUUCAAGUUUAAAGGGAGGAGGAUCAAAGGAUGCGGCGUACAACUCCUGCAUGUGUCUCCAUAUCCGGAUGAUAGUGAUGGAAGCUCUAAAGCAGAGUACAACCAACAGUCUGGAGAAAAAUGUGAUGCUGUAGAGACUGAGAGUAGUAGCAAGAAGCGGAUGCGGAUGACAUUAGGAAACUCUGAAGAAGAUUUCAACUUACCCUGUGGCCAAACAGUAACAGACACAGGAUUGACCGCUCCAAAUCUGGAGCUUCCAUUAGGGCGGGGAGAAUCGUCAUCAAUUUCAUAUCCAUGUCUGGAGGGUGAAGCUUUCUCUGUUGAUUCCAUGAUAACUAAGCGACAAGCUAAAGAAAUUCCCAUCGCGCAUAGGGACGAAGAUUCUGAGGCAUCAUGGUCAUCAGGCUCAUCAGGCUCAUCAAGCUCUUCGUCGCUGGUGCCUUUUUAAGUCUCCAACUCUAGAGCAUGGAACAUAAAGGGCAUUGCGCAACUACGAGGCAGUGAAGAAUUAUGGGAAGUAGCCAAGCUGCACAACCGUGAAUCCUCUUUCCCUGAGGAAUUGUACGAGUCAAGGUACUUCAAGGGGCUGGAGUUGAGAAAAUGGUGUGAACUCAACACAAACGCAGAGAGUUUCUAGACGCAAUUCCACGGCCGCUCCUUGACUUCGUGGAUAGAUGUUUGACCGUUAACCCAAGGCAACGAAACAGCGCAGAGGAUGUUCUCAGACACGAGUUCUUCCAUCCAGUACAUGAAACCCUUAGAAACCAAAUGCUCCUUAAAACUACAGUGGUGGCUGACGCACUAAGCCAAACUUUAAACUAAUAAUACAAUUCUUGAAAACUAAAAGAGUAAUUUAGCAAACUAGAGAGUUAGUGUUAAUUAGUAUUUUCACUGUAUUAUUUGAAUUAAAAUCCUCAUAAUCGAUAUACUUAUUCUCCUAAACCGUGUGCAUGUAUGUAUAGGGAAACAAGACUUAGAUAUUAAACAAUCA